AAAUGUAAAGAUUUACUAGAUAGAUAAGCAUCCUUAAGUAGUUUAAAUUCAUUUUGGUUUUCAAGCCUGUACCAAUAACAAAUGAUUGAUUUCAAAAUAUCAUGAUGUAGAGGAAAUCUCCCCAAUUCUGAUAGUACAGCAAAAUUUGUACUUUUCUUAUGUACACCCAGAAUACAUUUAGAAUAUUUAUGAUGAAGCUUCUCACAGUGAAGUGAUUUAAAAAGUUUGUCUGGAUCAAAUGGUGAUGAUUUUAAUUUAUUCCAUGAACCUAUGUAUCCACCCCAUAUUUCAGAAUUAUAUAAUAAAAUUGGUUUUAUUGUGUGGUCAAAGUAUAAGGAGAGAUGGGGUGGUUUUCAUCAGACUGCUGUUCACAUAUACCUUAGUGUAUUUGUAAAAAUGAAAUUGAUAUUUACAUUUUACUAUCAUUUCUGUCAACAUAUUCCAAGCCCUUAAAAUAGUCGUAUUAUAUUUAUCAAUAUUCAUACGCACAUUGUUCACAUUCAAAAAAGAAUUACGUUUUCAAAAUUACAUGUAGGAUUUGCUACUCAAUUCAUAUCCGACCUACACUGAGAUGGAAGAGCAGAUGAAUUGCGUUCAUAUAGGCUUAUUUCGUUUAGUUCCAUUUACUUUGGACUUUAAUAGUUUUGCAUUAGCGUGGUAUCGUCGAUAUGUCCAGUAUUUAGGCGUCGUAUAACAUCCGUUACAUUCUAGAAUUAUAAAAUUGUUUUUACAAAAUUUAUAUCAGGCUGCUAUUUUCAAUUAUACAGCGUAAGUAUAAAUUCAGGAAAAUGAACUAGUUUGUUUGUUUGCUUUUUUUUUUUUAUCAUCCUGUUAAACAGGAAGAAUGUCUGUAAAUUGAGACUUACAGAAACCGGAAGAGCAAUAGAUCAUGCUACAAGAUGUCAUUAUAUAUACUUUCCAUGGAAAAUGAUGCUGUACGUCCUGUUUCAGUGGCGGAUCCAGCGAGAUUUUAAGAGAGAGGAAUGCGACACAAGCUUGUACCUUUUCCGCCCAGGGAGUGGUGGUGGGGGUUCACAAUGGAACCCCUGUAGACAGUACAAUGUAUAUCAGAGACCUACCUUUAUCAGAUAUACUCACUCAAAAUUAAAAUUAAACAUGGCGUCAGUGCGCGUUUACCUGUUGUGUGGAUUGAGUUUGUGUUACUUAAAGGCUGUCACAGGGCAAAACGGCUGUAACGAAAACCAAUUUGCUUGUUGGGGUUUGGAUUCUUUUUGCAUUCCAUCGGGGUAUAGGUGUGAUGGAGACCCGGACUGCUCGGAUGGCUCAGACGAAAGAGGGUGUGGGGAUAUUAUCCGAGUAUGUCACUGCCUCAAUAAAAACGAGUGUCGGUCGACAGGGUCCUGUGAUUACAGUGGAUGUCAGGACGGCUGGGAGGGCUAUAAAUGUGCCUUUAAAGUGAAGAACAGGUCCAUUUCCUAUAGUCCAGUAUUAACCACCACGACGUCACAUUCUGCUACGUCAUGCCAUUGCGAGGACCAAUCAUUAUGCGAGGAUUUUCUUCAGAGCAGAUCGUGUUUCUGUCAGGAGGGAUGGAAGGGCUAUCGCUGCAGUGAAAAACUCGAGUUCUCGGUGAGUGAGUCCUUGCCUAUGGUUGGUAGUGCUCUUGUCAUAUUCCUCGCCAUCAGUGUAUGCGUGACCAUAGCAUCUUGUUACCGUCGUAUGCACGUCAGAAUGAGAAGGGGACAUGUAGAUGAUGGUUGGCCUUAUCGCGGACUGACCAACAGUGGCAACUCCCAGGAGAAUGUGGGGACAUCGUUUCGGUCCCAGCGGUUGUCCUUGGCACCACCCUCAUACGAUGACGUAAUCAUUCAAGGACGAGAACGUAAUUCAAGACAUACUUUAAUCAGCAUGCCUCAGGGAAACGCAAGUGAGCCCCCGCCUCCUUCUUAUGAAUCUAUCAUCAAAGAACAGAGAGAACAGCAAAUAAGCCAUCUACCAGGGCAACAAGGUCAAGGCCAAAUAAAUAACAGACAACCAGAGCCAGAAAGUCAAUCAACAGAACAAGCUGUUCAAAAUCAAAGUCAACCAGUUGAACCAGCUGUUCAGACUCAAAGUCAACCAGUUGAACCAGCUGUUCAGACUCAAAGUCAACCAGUUGAACCAGCUGUUCAGAGUCAACCAGUUGAAUUGGUGGUUAGUUGAUGAACUUAACACUUAUUAUCAUUUUUACAAAAAUACGAAUCACAUAUUCAUAUCUGCUGUUUCAAAAUACUAGUAGUUCCCACCAUCACCAGACUAUCGUCAUGUAAUUAUUUGCAGGGGUAGUAUGAUUUGAUUAUAUAGCAUUUUGAUGAGAUGAAUGCGAGGAUUAUAUAUUAAGCUGACUGAGAAAAGUAUACAUGUAUAUUGACCGCGCACUAUUACAUGUGUAUUAUCAUCUGACUGCCAACAUUAACCAUGCAAUACAAGAAUUUAUCUAGCUUACAAAAGCAUAUUGAUCUCGCACUUCGUAUUUAGUAGAUAUGGUUUUUAAAGCUCAAUAUAUAUUCGUAUUUUUACGCGCUAAAUAUUACACGGAAAAUUCUAUUUUUAGCAACCUGCUACGUGCUAUAUGAUUAGUGCAAUAUGUGCUGCGUUUGAGAUCUCUAUAUUUAGGACAACAUUCUAUUUAGAGCAAUGCGCUGUUUGAUAUCAUCUGUGUAAUAUGAACUUCCGGUAUACAAAUUGUCACUUGAUCCCCCAGUGAUAAACCGACAUAUACGUCUCAAUAUAUGCAUAGACAUCUUGUACGUGUGUCCACGGCAGAGACAACCUUAACUUCUACAUGUGUAUGUGCUCUCUAUCACAGCUGAUUUUUACCUAGAUAUAUUUGAUUAUCAUCCUUUUUUAAUCAAUUUAGUUUACAGUGUAUACUAUAAUUUUAUAUAGUGUAUUAUGUUGUAAGGAAUUAUUUCUGUGUAUAUUGUACCCUAAAAAUUCAAUGUACCACAUUUGAAACACCUGAGUUGCUCAAACAAAGUUUUCCAACAAUUUUGCAUCACUGUAACAAUUAAGUCUGUGAAUUUAUUGAAAUAAAUGAAUUAUGAAAUAAUA